AUGCGAUCCAACUCGAUUGAUGAUUUUUUCUCGUGUAUUCCUAAAAAAAUGGUUGGCAAACUAAAUGUCCUCCUUGAUUACGCCGCUUAUGUUCGUUUCAACUUUAUUGAGCACGAAACAAAAAGUUUUGGUGUCGUGUUGCCUAAUUUAUUUGGGUUUCUGAAAAAAUAUGGAAGCUUGAAUGUAGAAAAACAGGAAGAGUUAUUUUCGGAUGAAUUGGCGCUAACUUCGACGAGUGUCGACAGCUCUCGAUUCUAUUUGUUUGUUGAUGAUAUAUGGAGGGAGAUCAGUGAGGAUCAGUUGCGUCUCUUUAAAGCUGCAGUGCAGUCUAAAGGUCAAGCGAAAUUAGUCAGAGAGGCUCUGGAAGGAAUCAGAAAGGGCGCUUCUGUUGCCAUGAAUCUUGGCGGCAUGGACAUGAAAGCCUCGUUUAAGGGAAUGUUGAAGAACGAGAAAUUUGUGCACUGGCUUCAGGAGGAGCUCAAAGACGAGAAAUCAGUGCAACUGCUGCAAACAAAUUUGUAUGGUCUAGAGAAUGAGAAUAUCCCGGAUAUACAUACAUUGCAUCUGCUCAAGAUGUUUUUGGCGGACAAUGAAGGUGUAGAUAUACUGAGAGAUGUUUCAGGACGAUUAACCUUACUUGAUGACAUGUUAAGCAGCACGGAAUUGGAUACGGUGCCCAUACUCAAAGCGAUUCUCGCAGAUCAGAAUAAAGUGCUCAUUCUUAAAGAGGUAAUGAAGGACGAGGUGAAAUUGGAGUCAUUUAGAAUGGUUUUGGGGGACGAUCAAAAGAUGUAUGCCUUCUGGCAUAAUCUGCGUGGUAAUAUUAUGAAGAGUGCGUUUGAAACGAUAGUAGAGGAUAUGAAUCAAGUGUUUUCACUCAGAGUGGCUACUAAAGAUGAUGUUCGGGCGAGACUAUUUCGAGCGGCUCUGAAGGAUAAACUACAGAUCGAUACUCCAGGAUGA